AUGGCUUCCGUUAGAAAGAGAAAGAUGGCCAAGUCCUCGGUGAAGAAAGUGUCAAGAAGGAAUAAGGAUAAGCAAAAGCAAGUGAAUAUCAAAGGGAACCCAAUCAUAGCUGAGAAUUGGGACUAUUCUUUAACUCUGGCACAGAACUACAAGAAACUUGGUCUUAAAGUGAAAAUGGGUAAAUUUGCUGGUGGUGAAGAAGCGGAUCUAAGUAAAGUUAUCAAGAAAGACGUGUACGAGCAUUCGGCUUUCUCUGAUGAUGAAUCAGAGGACGAAAAAGACAGUCAAGGAGAAGAGGAUGAAGAUGAUGUUAACCUGGAAGAACUAAAUAGCGAUGGGGAAUACGAUGAAUCUAAGAUUCCAGAAGGAGAAGCUAGAAUUAAACGGGACGACGACGGUAAUAUUGUGAAGGUUUACUAUGGUAAGAGGAAAGCCAUUGAUAUAGACAUGGAUGUGGAAGAGCUAAGACGUGAAAAUGAAAAGAAUGAAGUCAAGACAGAGGUUGUGAAGAAACUAGAGGCUUAUGCUUCCAGACCAGUAGCGAAAAAGGAACGUGGUCUAAGUCAACGGGAAGACCAAUGGCUAGAACAAUUAUAUAAGAAGCAUGGUGAUAACUAUAAAAAGAUGUUCUUCGAUAAGAAAUUGAAUGUAUAUCAACAAACAGAGAAUGUCCUAAGGAGAAAAAUACUCAAAUGGAAGGAAUUGCAUAACAUCGAGUAG